CGUCCGGCUUCCAAACCCUAAAACCUCAAAGUUCCUCCUUCGCAAACGCACAAAGCUCUUACAGACAGUUCCAAGCGAAAGAAGAGCGGAGGCGCAAAGAGAGGAACCAUGGCGGAUAGCAAGGCAGUGACGAUCCGUACGAGGAAGUUCAUGACCAACCGUCUUCUCUCGAGGAAGCAAUUUGUCAUCGAUGUUCUGCAUCCUGGUAGACCCAAUGUCUCCAAGGCAGAGUUGAAGGAAAAACUUGCAAGGUUGUACGAGGUGAAAGAUACAAAUGCCAUCUUUGUUUUCAAGUUCCGCACCCACUUUGGAGGGGGAAAAUCCACUGGGUUUGGUUUGAUUUAUGAUUCCGUAGAGAAUGCAAAGAAGUAUGAGCCAAAGUACAGGCUGAUCAGGAAUGGACUGGAUACAAAGGUGGAAAAGUCAAGGAAGCAACUCAAGGAAAGGAAGAACAGAUCCAAGAAGAUUCGUGGAGUCAAGAAGACCAAGGCUGGUGAUGCUGCCAAGAGUGGGAAGAAGAAAUGAGUGCUUGAGCAUGUUUUUGGAUCGCAUGUGUUCGCUGGCGGUUCCUAUCCGCAUUUUGUUAUUUUAUUUUGUUAGUAGGCGUAAAAUUUUCUGUGUUUUUAAUUUUUAUGAAGAAAAAAAAACGCUUAUGAUGUUUUAACUAUUCGAUAAGGAAGUUUUAAAAUGUAGCAUGUUGUUUUUGACUUAUGAAUGUUAAAGAUAUUGAAUUUUGAGUACUAAAUUUACUGAUUAUGAGUCGUA